UGAGAUUUUGGACGCAGUGCUUGCUAACCACUUAUGGUUCUGUGACGUCGCGAUUUUUCAGCCCCAAGCCACGUGCCUAACAGCUGCGCUCAGGCAUUCCCCUCCCUCGUCUCUUACACCCAGAUCGCGCAUCAUGUCCGAGGGAGAUCAACAGGCCGAGUCGCAACCACUGCUUCCACCGGUCACGGACACUGCAAUCGUAGAACCUACUAACAGACAGUUAGCCUUAGUUUUGGGGAGCAUCUGGAUCGGUGUCGUCCUUACUGCGUUGGAUUCCACCAUCGUCGCAACACUUUCUGCCCCGAUCUCCGACUCCUUCUCUUCACUCAAAACCCUCUCGUGGCUCGGAACCUCUUUUCUCGUUGCGACUGCGGCAACACAGCCGAUCAGUGGCCGUCUGACAGAUAUUUUUGGUCGACGCGCUGGGCUGCUCGUAUGCAAUAUACUGUUCGGCAUCGGCACGUUGCUAUGCGGCAUAGCUCAGCAUGAGUGGGUCUUCAUACUCGGACGUGCAGUGGCAGGAGCUGGUGGAGGAGCAAUGGUCGCAAUAUCAACGUUUGUCGGGUCAGAUCUGGUGCCUCUUCGAAAACGGGGCGUCGUGCAAGGCAUCAACAACAUUGCUAUGGGCGCAGGAGCAGGUCUGGGCGGCUUGCUAGGAGGGUGGCUGGAUCACAUCAUCGGCUGGAAAAGCGCUUUCCUGGUCCAGAUACCCUUCCUCGUCUUGGGUACCAUCCUCGUCAGCAUAUUCGUCCAGGUGCCCGUCAAGAGCACUGAAACGCACGCAUGGCGUAGAGUUGAUUUCGUUGGGUCUACGACACUCACUUUCGGCCUGGUACUGCUCCUACUCGCAGUGAAUACCGGUGGAAACAUCCUGCCCUGGUCUCAUACGUUGGUGAUCACGACACUGGUAGCUAGUACCAUCCUUCUGGGGGUCUUCGUGUGGUACGAGCUACGCAUCGCUACUGAACCCGUCAUUCCGCUCCGCUUGAUGACAGAUCGGACCAUAGCCUCAGCUUGCGCCACCUACCUGCUCACCUACAUGGCAUCUUUUGGCAUAAUGUACUACAUACCCAUCUACCUUCAGCUAAUUGGCCUAUCUCCAAUGUCAACGGGCCUCCGCUUCAUACCGCAUAGCGCUGGAACCGCUGUGGGCGCUCUUACGACUGGAAUCACCGUGCGUUACACCGGAAAAUAUGUACAGCUCAACAUACUAGGACAUCUGUUGCUCGUCGCCGCAUCUGUCAUGUUGCUCUUCCUCGGAUGGCAAACGCCCCAAGGCUAUAUCAUGGUAGCACUUGGCACGUACGGCCUGGGCUUUGGGAUCAUGCUGGUCACCACAUUGCUUGCCUUGAUAAGCUCUGCAAAUAGUGCCCAACAAGCGGCUAUCACAUCUGCCUCGUUUGCGUUCCGGUCAGUUGGCUCUUCACUCGGCCUGACGGUGUCGUCAGCCAUCUUCCAGAAUGCUUUACGGGACCUACUUCGUCGCAAUCUGGAGCACUAUCACAACGUUGACGGACUAGUGGAACGCAUCCGCAUGAGUUUCGAUGAGAUAUCACGUCUUGAUCCCACGCUCAUUCCUCCCGUCAAAACCGCCUACUUGCAGGCUAUACAGCGAGUGUUUGUUUUGACUGCGGUUCUGAGCGGUCUUGGUGCGCUGACGGCCUGUUUCCAGCGACAGAACGUCUUGCAUAACACUUUGUCGCGCGAAUAGCCUAGCGGUGGUGUGCCCGUCAUGUUAGGGGGGGCGUUCCCAUGAGCAGCGGUAAUGAUUUGACGACGUCGAUUGUGCAGUUGCAGCACACACAAGUAGGACAAAUUUGGUGUGCGGGGAGGUAUCAGCGAUGGUGUCUGGGGCCACACUGAAAGGCAUAAUUGGUCAUUGGGA